CCAGACUAGAAGUGUAACCUGCCCGCUGUGACAACAUGGGUAUCCUGGAGAAGAUAGGAGAGAUAGAGAGAGAGAUCUCUCGAACACAGAAAAACAAAGCCACGGAGUACCAUCUGGGCCUGUUGAAGGCUAAGCUAGCGAAGUACCGCGCCCAGCUGCUGGAACCUUCCAAGACCGCAGGAGCCAAAGGAGAGGGCUUCGAUGUCAUGAAGUCUGGAGACGCACGUGUCGCUCUGAUUGGCUUCCCCUCCGUCGGAAAGUCCACCUUCCUCAGUCUGAUGACAGCAACAGCCAGUGAAGCAGCUUCCUACGAGUUCACCACCCUGACCUGCAUCCCUGGAGUUAUAGAGUAUAAUGGAGCCAACAUCCAGCUUCUGGAUCUGCCAGGAAUCAUAGAAGGAGCUUCCCAAGGUAAGGGUCGAGGUCGGCAGGUCAUUGCUGUUGCCAGGACAGCAGACGUGGUCAUCAUGAUGCUGGACGCCACCAAGGGAGACGUACAGAGGAAACUCCUGGAGAAAGAGUUAGAGUCCGUCGGCAUCAGACUCAACCGCUCCAAACCCAACAUCUAUUUUAAGCCCAAGAAAGGAGGAGGUCUGUCCUAUAACUCCAUGGUGCCUCUGACGAUGUGUUCUGAGAAACUGGUUCAGCUCAUCCUCCACGAAUACAAAAUCUUCAAUGCGGAGGUUCUGUUCCGAGAAGACAGCACUCCUGAUGACUUCAUCGACGUCAUUGUUGGGAACCGAGUUUACAUGCCCUGUUUAUACGUGUACAACAAGGUGGAUCAGAUCUCUAUAGAGGAGGUGGACAGACUGGCUCAUGAACCCCACAGCGUCGUCAUCAGCUGUGGGAUGAAGCUGAACCUGGACUACCUGCUAGAGAGGCUGUGGGAAUACCUGGCGCUCAUCUGUCUUUACACUAAGAAGAGAGGAGAGAGGCCUGACUUCAGCGAUGCCAUCAUCAUGAGGAGAGGAGCAUCUGUAGAACAUGUGUGCCAUCGGAUCCACAGAACGUUAGCCAGCCAGUUUAAGUACUCCCUGGUCUGGGGCACCAGCACCAAGUUCGACCCCCAGCGGGUGGGGCUAACACACAUCAUGGAGCACGAGGACGUCAUCCAGAUUGUUAAGAAGUGAAACAGCUCUUCGGGAUAGGACCGAUGACGGGAUGGGUGGGACGAGUUAGUAAAACAGGCCUUCUGAUUGGACAGAAUACAGGAUGGGUGGGAGGAGUUAAAAACA